AUGGCCAGUUACCAUGUCCUUAAUAUUGUGGACGAUCUACUUCGAGAUGUAUGUAUGGACCCCCGGCCUUUCGGAGGUAAAUGCAUACUACUUGGAGGAGAUGUUAAACAGCUACUUCCAGUAGCUUCUGGUCGUGUAGAACAAAUCGAGCUCUUUUUCACAAAUUAUAGGUUCUGGAGAGUUUUUCAAGUGGUCCAUCUGAUGACCCAUAUGCGUGUAAAUGCAGGUGGGGAGGAUUUCACCCGGUGGCUAGAAGAUCUGGGCAGGGGUACCACCAACACCCAAAUCGUCAAAGACAAGGACACAAAAGAUGGUGAUUUUGUUAAUCUGCCAGAUCGUUGUCUGACGGUUGAUGUUGUUAGAGAGAUUUACGGACAGCUUCACGCUCUUACACCACAGCAACUCGCACAGCGAGCUAUUCUCUGUCCCAAGAAUGAACAUUGUAAUUUACUCAAUGACAAAAUUCUCGAAUCGUUUCCCGGAAAGACCUUCGUUAUUCACAGUAACGAUAGCGUGGCUUCGGGUGAUGAAGACGAGGUGGCAAACUUUCCGGAAGAAUAUUUGAACAGAAUAACACCAAGCGGAAUGCCUCAUCACAAACUCAAACUCAAAGUAGGUGUACCGGUUAUACUUCUUCGAAAUUUAUGUCUUGAAGAUGGAUUGAUUAACGGUACACGACUACUGGUGUUAGCUGUGACAGAUAUGUUGAUAACAGCCGAGAUCGUCACCGGCCGUUUUUGCGGGAGAAGAGUUCUCAUUCCUAGAAUGGAUCUAACUUCUUCCGACCAAAACUUGCCGUUUGUACUGAAAAGACGACAAUUUCCGUUGAAACUUUGCUUUGCCCUUACCAUUAAUAAAGCACAGGGGCAAACAUUUGAACGCGUUGGCAUAUACCUAGCGAGUCCUGUCUUUUCUCAUGGACAACUCUAUGUGGCUUUCUCAAGAGCUCGCUCUUGGAAUUCCGUGAAGGUAGAAGUGGUAAAGACAAAACAUCAAGGGUAUUUGCUCAAAUCAUCUAAAAAAGUUUUUACUAAAAAUAUAGUGUUCGGUAACAUUUUGAAUUCUAUCCAAAAUGAGUAA